GAGCUGUGCUGUGCUUGUCCUGCAGCCAACACCGGUUAUCCUGCUGAAGGAGGGCACGGACACCUCGCAGGGCAUCCCGCAGCUGGUCAGCAACAUCAACGCGUGCCAGGUGAUCGCUGAGGCCGUGCGCACCACGCUGGGCCCGCGCGGCAUGGACAAGCUCAUCGUGGAUGAUCGGGGCAAAGCCACCAUCUCCAACGAUGGGGCCACCAUCCUGAAGCUGCUGGACGUUGUCCAUCCUGCCGCCAAGACCUUGGUGGACAUCGCCAAAUCCCAGGAUGCAGAGGUGGGGGAUGGCACCACGUCCGUGACCCUGCUGGCAGCCGAGUUCCUGAAGCAGGUGAAGCCCUACGUGGAGGAGGGGCUCCAUCCCCAGAUCAUCAUCCGAGCCUUCCGCACGGCCACGCAGCUGGCUGUGAACAAGAUCAAAGACAUCGCUGUGUCUGUCAAGAAGGAGGAUAAAGACGGUGGAGUCUUGGAGCUCUUGCUGCAGUCAGUGGCAAUGUUAAAUCUCAGCACUUCCCUGAGGAUCAGAUCCCUUUUUAGCUGUCACACAGCAAGUGAGCAGAGGAGUCUCCUGGAAAAGUGUGCAGCCACAGCCCUGAGCUCCAAGCUCAUCUCCCAGAGCAAGGAGUUCUUCUCCAAGAUGGUUGUCGAUGCUGUGAUGAUGUUGGACGACUUGCUGCAGCUCAAGAUGAUUGGGAUAAAGAAGGUGCAAGGAGGAGCUUUGGAAGACUCCCAGCUGGUGGCUGGAGUUGCCUUUAAGAAAACUUUCUCCUACGCUGGGUUUGAGAUGCAGCCCAAGAAGUACCAGUCCCCCAAAAUCGCCCUGCUCAACGUGGAGCUGGAGCUGAAAGCUGAGAAGGACAACGCCGAGGUCAGAGUCAACACGGUGGAGGAUUACCAGGCCAUCGUGGAUGCAGAGUGGAACAUCCUGUACGACAAACUGGACAAAAUCCACAAGUCAGGGGCCAAGGUGGUGCUGUCCAAGCUGCCCAUCGGGGACGUGGCCACCCAGUACUUCGCAGACAGGGACAUGUUCUGUGCCGGCCGCGUCCCGGAGGAGGAUCUCAAGAGGACCAUGAUGGCCUGUGGGGGAUCCAUCCAGACCAGUGUCAACGCCCUGUCAGAUGAUGUGCUGGGCCACUGUGAGCUCUUUGAGGAGACCCAGAUUGGGGGAGAGAGGUACAACUUCUUCACGGGCUGCCCCAAGGCCAAGACGUGCACCAUCAUCCUGCGCGGGGGCGCCGAGCAGUUCAUGGAGGAGACGGAGCGCUCGCUGCACGAUGCCAUCAUGAUCGUCAGGAGAGCCAUCAAGAAUGACUCGGUGGUGGCAGGUGGCGGGGCCAUCGAGAUGGAGCUCUCCAAGUACCUUCGGGACUACUCACGCACCAUCCCGGGCAAGCAGCAGCUGCUGAUUGGAGCCUACGCCAAGGCCCUGGAGAUCAUCCCCCGGCAGCUCUGCGACAACGCCGGCUUCGACGCCACCAACAUCCUCAACAAGCUGCGAGCUAAGCACGCCCAGGGCGGGAUGUGGCCCUGA